AUGUCUAAAAUAGAAGAAAGUACUGUAGACUUUAAGAAAAAGGGAAAAAAUUAUGAACGAAAAGAUCCUACAUCAUUCUUGCCAGAAGAGCCUAUGUCCUAUGAAAUCAAACCAAAAAAGAAAAAAAAGAAAAAGAACAUAGAAGAUCCUUUUAAAGACAUUGAGGAAAAGGUUAAACUUCCCACUGUAACUGUAUUUGAUCCUACAUCUGAUUCUGCGUUAGAUCCAGAAGUUUCUAUUAAAGUUGAAAAUAUUGAAGUAGAGCUAGACUUCAAUGAUUUUGCAAAUGAUAAUGGUCUUAUGGUUGAAGGACCAUAUAGUGAUGAUGGACAGCCUGAAGCAUUUGAUAAACUUGGACAAGAAAACAAAAAAGGGGAUGUAUUACGCACUUUUCAAAAUAUUAUUAAUGAUAAACCGCCUGUUGAAAUACCAGAUAACUCAGACAUGGCUCCUAAUUAUGUUUGCAAGGUGUGCCAUCUAGUCUUUCAAUCACCUAAAACUUUAAUAAUGCAUCAGAGAAGAAAACAUAAGGUAUUCCGAAGGUCUUUCAAACACAUAUGUGAUUACUGUAGUAUGUCAUAUGAAACAAAAAAUAGUCUUGUUGCUCAUAUUAAAAGAAAACAUGGUCCAGAUUCAACACAAGAUGAUGGAGAGGAAAGGACAUGUGAAAUUUGUGCAUUAGUUUUCAAAGGCAUGGGUAGAUUACGCAUGCAUAUGCGGAGAAAACAUGGUUCUUUUAAAGAAUCUUUUAAACAUGUUUGCAAGGAGUGUGGUCUUACUUAUGAAAAACAUAGAAGUUUGAUUGUACAUAUAAGAAGAAAGCAUUCAGGAAUCAUUAAAGUGGAAGAUCGAUAUUUCAAUUGUCCAUUUUGUCCAAUGGUUUAUAAUAAACGUGAAACAUAUGCAAGACAUGUACAUAGAAAGCAUAGAAGAAGUGAUGAUGAUUCUAAUCGUAAACUAAAUAAUGAUAUUAUGGGAAACAUAAAAAAUACAGAAACUGGUGAACUAUGUUGCACUGAAUGUCCAUUAGUGUUUUCAACAUUAACUUAUUUGAAGUUGCAUAUGCGAAGAAAGCACAAUGCUAUGAAAGAAGAUUUUCGUCUGAAAUGUAAAAUAUGCAAUUUAUCCUAUGAUAAAAUUGAGAGUCUGAAAAGACAUGUGCGUAGAAAACAUGACAAGGUGACAUAUUGUGAUAUCUGUAGAAGACAAUUUGACACACAUGAGGCUUACUUAGGCCACACGCAUGCUAAGAUUGCAAGAGAGUGUCCGGUUUGUGGCCUUAUUUUUGCAUCGCAAAGUGGAUUAGGCAAACAUCUACGUUGUGCACAUGAAAUUGCUAAGCCGAAGACAGUUAUUUGUCACCUUUGUAAUGCAGCUUUUCAUACCAAGAGACAAUUGAAACCUCACUUUUUACGAGUACAUUUAAAAGUAUCCUAUACAUGUCAAUUCUGUAAAAAAGUGUUAAAGUCAAAAGAAACUUAUACACGACAUAUACUUAUGAAGCAUCAUAACGAUAAACCCUCUAGUGAUUUACAAAUAUGUGAACAUUGUGCUGCUACAUUUUCAAAUGAAUUGGAACUUAGACGACAUUGUACUGAAGUACAUAACACAAAUGAAAUAAAUGAUUCAGAUGAUGUUGUAUUAAAAAACGAAUUAGAAACCGAUAUUGCUAAGGUAUCAAGUGAUAUUGUUAUAAAAAAAGAAGAAGUUGAUAUACCAACAAAAUAUCAGUGUACAAAAUGCCCAGAAUGUUAUCCCAAUUGGGAUCAAUUAAAAUUGCAUUAUGAACAAAAUCAUUAUGUGGCUAAGGAAACACAAUGUCAACUUUGUGGGGAAUUGGUGCCAGAUAAUGAAUUAGCAAAGCACAUCAAAUCACAUAAUGAUACAACAGUACAAUGCAGGUAUUGCAAUUUCUCUUCAAUCAAUAGGGCAAGUAUGACCCAACAUUUGCUGAGACACAAAAAUGCAACAACGAUUAAUUGUAGCUUUGAAAACUGCAAAUAUAAAACUUUUUAUGAAGAUGCAAUGGAGAAACAUAAGAGAAAACAUAUUGAUCAAGGUGUAAAACUUCAAUGUACACAGUGCCCUUUUCAAACGAUGAAUAAAUAUAUUUUAAAGUAUCAUGAAGAAGCACACGUAACUGGAAAGAAACGUUAUGCAUGUGAUCAAUGUGAUUAUGCUACCAUACUACCAGCGGCAUUAGUUCAACAUAAAUAUAAACAUUCCACAGAAAAGAGAUUUAAGUGUGAGGUGUGCCCAUUUGCUACCAAGUACAAUACGUCACUUCGUUUUCACGUUAAAAAGAAGCACUGUGAUCUUCCUUCAUGA